AUGAAAGUUAUUGUAGAGUACAUAUUACCAAUCAUUUUAGGUGUGGAAAUCAUUAUAGGGAGUUUAGGAAAUGGAUUCAUAAUACAGGUGAACAUCAUGGAUUGGGGCAAGAGAAGAAAGAUCUCUACAGUGGAUAAGAUCUUCACUGCUCUGGCCAUCUCCAGACUUGCUUUUAUGUGGUCACUGGUCAUAGUUUUAUUGAUAUAUGAGCUGUAUCCAUCCUUAGGGAUAAGUGGAAGAAUUUUGAGAAUAAGUAAUUUUUCCUGGACAGUGGUCAAUCAUUUCAGCAUCUGGCUUGCUACAUGUCUCAGCAUAUUUUAUUUCCUCAAGAUAGCCAGCUUUUCCAAUUCAAUUUUUCUUUUCCUAAAGUGGAGAGCAAAAAAAGUUGUUUCAAUGACACUGCUGGUGUCUCUUCUUUUCUUGUUUAUAAAUCUUAAAGUCAUAAAUGAAUAUAUUGUUGUCUGGAUUGAUGGAUAUAAAGCAAACAUGUCCUACAGUUCUGAUUCAAAUGACUAUGAAUACUUUCCUAGGUUUCUGACACUCACCAACACUAUGUUCACAUUCAUACCUUUCACUGUGUCUCUAACAACUUUACUCCUGCUCAUCUUCUCCCUGUGGAGACAUCUGAAGAACAUGCAGCACAACAACAAAGGAUACAGAGAUGUCAGCACCACAGCCCGCAUAAAGGCCCUGCAAAUGGUGGUCACCUUCCUGUCACUAUAUACUAUUUUCUUUCUGGCACUUGUUAUGCAGUCUUUGAAAAAUGAUAUCCAUUUAAAAAGUUUAUUCAAUUUGAUUUUUGAUGGUGCAGCACUUGCUUUUCCAUCAGGCCACUCCUGUGUCCUAAUUCUGGGAAACACUAAGCUCAGACAGGCUUUUCUGUCCAUGAUGUGGUGGUUAAGGUAA